AUGCAAAGAAGACUACGGAAAGAUGAAAUUGGCAUUUGUGUUUGCCCGACAAUCCAAGCGCCUUGUGUUUCGGGCGGAAGUAAACCAGAAAGCAAGCGAGCUGAGAGAAAGUGCAUUCCUUUGAAAUAUUUCGCUUUGUCUUUCUGCAUUCAGAGGAAGAAAGACGCACUGGAAAGUCCUGACAUUUGUGUCCCCGUAGUCGAGCCCGAGCCUAAACGUAGAAGAAGAAGCAAGGAGCCAACUGCAUCUUCUUCUUUAGUUAAUGCAGAAAAACGGCCACAAGCAGCAGAACUCGUUCAUGAAUCAGAGCCACCAGAUGUGUGCGAAGUCGAGGGAAAUCCGCCUGCAGAGCAAGUUGGGGAAAGUGCCGGUGCGAGUGAAGAGUGCGCGAGCUGCGUCGUUCUUCAAAAUGAAAAGAGGAAGCUAAGCAACACAGUAAAGUCGUUGCGGGAAAAGCUUAUAGAAAAAAGGAAGGAACUUACAAAGAUAGAGAAGAAAGUAGAAGGUAAGUCGUUCUCAGAAGCGGGAUAUGUUAUUUAUUUAUACGAAAAAUAUAAUAUUUUUCCCGCGAAUUCAACAUGGCCGCCGAAUUAUUCGCGGGAAACACGAAGUGGAAAGUAUGCUUCUGCAGUGUUCAUAAUCGGGGUCCUUUUUUCAGAAAUGCAAAGUCAUGAUCAGGAGGUUUUCAACAAGGUAGAUUUUGUCGAGGAGAGUGGUGUAGAUUUUGGAGAUCCAUUUGCAGAGGAGAGUUGCACGGAAGAGGCCCAGGAAGGAACUGAUGAUAGCACAUACGAGACAGAGGAGGAACCCACAACUGAGACAGAAUCAGAGGACGAAGGGCUCUUAAAUGCAAGUCAAUAUAAAAGGGUCUCAUUGAAAGGAACAAACCUGCGUACAGAGCCGAAACAUAUUGUGUUUGUUUCGCAGCUUCUGCUAUUGUUUGGUUUCUGCCGUAGUUGCAAGGCAGACAACCCAAUGGUAGAUGUUGAUCAAGUUGGAACUGAAGCAGUUGUGACCAGCACCUGUUCAAACCCCAAGUGUCCCAAUCCAAAGACCACAUGGCACAGCCAGCCACCAAUGCCUGGAACAAAAUUACCAGCUGGUAAUUUUCUUCUGUGUAUGGCCAUCUUGCUAGCUGGGGCAUCAGCCUCCAAAGUGUUUACAGUCUUUGCACACAUGGGUCUUGGCUGCAUAUCUCUCAACACUUUCUUCAAAUACCAGAGGAGCAAACUGUUCCCUACAAUUUUGCUGUACUGGGAGAAGUACCAAAAGCAGAUGUUGGAGAAAGUGAAAGAAGUGAAAGAUGGGAUCAUCAUUGCAGGGGAUGGACGCCAUGACAGUAUGGGGCACUGUGCCAAGUAUGGUGCUUACACCAUAUUUUGCUGCACCAUUCCAAUGAUUCUGCACUUUUCACUUAUCCAGAGAAAUCAAGCUGGGAGCAGUCCAGCCAUGGAAUUUAUGGGGUUCAAGUCAUGUAUGGAGUUUCUGAUUGGAUAUGGCUUACUUAUCACCGCAUUUGUCUCAGAUCGACAUGUCUCAAUUGCAGCCUACAUGAGGAAGACCCUGACAACAAUUACUCACUACUUUGACAUAUGGCAUUUGAAGAAAAAAAUAAGGAAAGUCCUGUCAAAACUGUGUAAGGAAAAGGGUUGUGAAUGUAUAGCAGAAUGGAUAAAGCCCUGUGAGAAUCAUUUAUAUUGGAGUGCCACUACUACAUUCAGUGGAAAUGGUAAUGUCAUCUAUGCAAAGUUCCGGUCCUUCAUGAGUCAUAUAAUCAACAAGCACUCUCAUCUGUCUGAUCCACUGUUUAACAAGUGCUUUCAUGGUAUAAUUCAACCAAGGAAAUGGUUGAAGGCUGGUUCACAAGCCUAUGAAAAGUUGUGCAGUGUGUUGAACAACAUUAAUUUGGUGAAGGGAAUCAAACAAGCUUCCCCUUUUGCACAAACAAGUUGCCUUGAGGGGUUUCAUUCAGUUUUAAAUCAUUUUGCUCCAAAAAUGAUUGCCUUUUCCUAUGUUGGAAUGUACUGCAGUUAUGAUAAUGCACUGUAAUAAAUAACUGUGGAUUUUAUUGAUAUUAGUGGGUGGAAGUACAUAGCUAGACAUUGUUGAGACAAUUGUUUUGUGUAGCCCAUUUCCUCUCAUCAUACACCAACUCAAGGGAAAUUGUAACAUUGCAAUGUCUUUUCCUGCAGGCAUAUUCUUGCUGCAGUGCAUUUCAACUUUAAUCUGCAUAGACAUGUGAGAACACGGAACUCUGACAAUGCUA